AUGGAUAGUGGUCCGGGUAGUGGUAGUGGUAGUGGUGCUGGGCAAAAGCCCCAAGAGAAUGGUGCGUCUUACCAUGGCCAAUCGUGCGAGUACCAUAGCCACAUCCCCCUAACAUUUCUCCUCCAGGUCGUCCACCACGAAACGCCCGUGCUCGUCGUGGGCGCUGGGCCUGCCGGGCUGAUCGCAGCGCUGCAGCUGGCCGAGAACGGCGUGCCGUGCAUGCUCGUGGAGCGCAACCUCGACACGACGCGCUGGCCCAAGAUGGACAUUACCAACUGUCGGAGCAUGGAGCUGUUUAAGCGGCUCCAGAUCGACCAGGGGCUGCGAGAAGUCGAGGCGAUGAUGAAUGGCUGGAUUGGGCUGAUGAGCGGUGGAAACGCAGGGGUGCCGCAAAACUACUCAUUCGAUGUGCAUUUCAGCUCUGGGCUGUCCGACGGAGGCGAACGGAUUGCCAAAUGGGACCUCCCCUCGCCGGACUGGUGGCGCGCCCACAUCAAAGCCCACAACGACGGCUCCAUGCCCCGCGAGCCCUACCAGCGGUGUUCCCAGGCCAUCUUCGAGGCCUGGCUGAAGCCGCGCAUCCAGGCGCAGCCCCUGAUCGAGUCGCACUUUGGCUGGAAGUUCGAGACGCUGGCCGAGUCGGACGCGGGCGUCGAGUGCGAAUUGACCGACACCGCGGGCGAAACGCACCGGGUUAAGGCGCAGUAUGUCGUGGGGUGCGACGGUGCAGGAAGCCGGGUACGCAAGGCGAUCGGAGUCGAGCUGAUAGGAGGGCCAGUGCCCGCCAAACUAUACCUCGUCCACUUCAAGUCGCGCGACCUGAGCCGCAUCCAGCGGCAGGGCCAGUUCUGGCACAUCUUCUUCACCAGCGGGCACGUCAUCAUCUCGCAGGACGAGGUCGACACGUGGACGGCCCAUACCCCGCUGCCGCUGGACUUUGACGUGUCGACGCUCGACCCGGAGGACACGGUAUACCGCGUGCUGGGGGGUUCGAGGGCGCCGUGGCCCAUCGCGAUCGACGAGGUGCUGGUGACGAGCACGUGGCGGCCCAACAUCUGCAUCGCCGACAAAUACAUCUCGCCGCGGGGCCGCGUCUUCCUGUCCGGCGACGCCGCGCACCAGAACAUCCCCACGGGCGGCUAUGGCAUGAACACGGCCGUCGGGGACAGCUUCGACAUCGGCUGGAAGCUGGCGGCCGUGCUGGCCGGCCACGGGGGCCCCGCGCUGCUGCAGUCGUACGAGGCCGAGCGGCGGCCCGUGGCGGCCAGGAACAUCGAGCGCUCGGGCGUGCACUGGUCCCAGCACUCGUUCUACAAGGACCUGGUGGACCGGACGGGCGACGCCGUCACCGCGAAGACGGCCGAGGGGGACGCCGUGCGCGCCCAGAUCGCCGCGUACAUCCUCGCGCACGACGGCGAGAACAAGGACCACGGAAUCGAGAUGGGGUAUCGCUACAACGGCUCCCCCGUCGUCUUGCCGGACGAGGACGCCACGCCCGAGCCGGACUGGACUCCGGAGCGCUAUGUCCCCUCGACGUGGCCCGGCGCGCGGGCGCCGCACGUCUUCCUCCAGGACGGCACGACCAGCGUCUUCGACCUCUUCGGGCGCGGGAGGGAGUUCUCCCUCGUCGACUUCACCCCGGACGGCCGAUACAUCGAGGCCUUCGCGCCCCCGGCGAAGAAGCUGGACAUCCCGCUCAAGGCCGUCCACCUGCCCGACGAGCCGCACGUGAGGGAGGUGUGGGAGCGGGACGCCGUGCUAGUCAGGCCCGACGACCACGUCGCGUGGCGGAGCAGCUCGAAGACUGCUGGGGGUGUCGAGAAGGCUCUCGACGUCGAAAACAUCCUGGCCGUCGCGGUCGGCAAAGGACCCGCGGGCGGCCACCCGGGUAGGAACCAAGAUGAUCUGGCUGCGGUCAAGGAGAAUGGGUUCACAGGCACCAUUGGGAACGUGGACCAGGACAAGAUCGAGGGGCUCGCGGCGUUUCAGCGGUGA